AAACAUGUGGUGCUAGUACCUGCCUGUGUUGUGUAGAUUUAAUUUUAUUUGUUGUAUAAACAGAGAACAGGUUCGCUCUAACUAGAAUAUCCAAAAGGGCACACAAGUGGCGGCAACUAGAAUCGAAUACUAGUGACAAUCGGACAGAGCAUUUCUAUCAAGUUUCUCUAAGUAAUGCAUAUUUAAACAACAUCUUAUCGUCGCAAGUAUUGGAAAGAAAAACAAAUGCCCAGUCUCUCUGCUGGCGCUGGGAGAAAUAACAGCAAGAACUAAGCACACAUUUUAUACGACCAAUGUAGAGCCAUUAGACUUGAAAAUCCAGAUAAUUUUGAAUAAAUUAUCAUAUACACAAAUACACACCGCCAUACAGUACGUGUCUUAAGCAAGAUCAGCUACUGGCAAAAUGAAAAACAUAAGUUUCAUGUGGAAUAGAUUAUUUAAAUCUCAGUUGGGAGGUGCAUUCCAAACGAACAAGUUCUUCACACAAAGUUUUAAUCUUCAAACGAAUACUUGUAAAAUGUCCACUGCUAAUACUGUACUUUCUUCUUCCUCCCCGGCAUCUGGUGGCGAUGAAAAGCCAAUACUAUAUUCGUAUUGGCGAAGCUCAUGUUCAUGGCGGGUACGCAUAGCCUUGAACCUUAAGGAGAUACCCUAUGAUAUCAAACCCAUAAGUUUGAUCAAAUCUGGUGGCGAACAACACUGCAAUGAGUAUCGUGAAGUCAAUCCUAUGGAACAAGUGCCGGCAUUGCAAAUUGAUGGCCAUACUUUAAUUGAAUCUGUGGCUAUAAUGCAUUACUUGGAGGAAACUCGUCCCCAACGCCCGCUUUUGCCACAAGAUGUCCACAAACGUGCCAAAGUUCGUGAGAUUUGUGAAAUCAUUUGCUCUGGCAUUCAACCUUUGCAGAAUCUCAUUGUAUUGAUUCAUGUUGGCGAAGAAAAGAAAAAAGAAUGGGCUCAACAUUGGAUUACACGCGGUUUCCGUGCAGUCGAAAAGGUUUUAUCGACAUCGGCGGGCAAAUACUGCGUGGGAGAUGAAAUUUCCAUGGCUGAUUGCUGCUUGGUACCGCAGGUGUUUAAUGCACGCAGAUUCCAUGUCGAUUUGCGCCCUUAUCCAAUUAUUUUACGCAUUGAUCGUGAAUUGGAAAGUAAUCCAGCUUUCCGUGCUGCUCAUCCCUCCAACCAGCCUGACUGCCCACCUGAGUUGCCAAACAAAUAGAAUUUUCCCCAGCCAACUGCAAAGAGGCGAAAAACGAAAAAAUAAUUUUGCAGUUUUGAAUAUAGAAACAGAACAACAACAAAACAAAUACAACAACUACAACACCCCUAGACAGACAGACGAAGGAAGUUUAAGAAACAAAUAUGUUAUUCAAAACUCAACAAAUGGAUAUGGAUUUUCUUUAAACUUAUAUUUCUUUCUUACAUAUAAACGAAAAUUAUUAUGAAAAAAGUAAUAAUAAUAAUGAUAAUAUAAUAAAGUAACAGCACAUGAUGUGAUGAUGGCAGUUGCAAACCGCGUGUAGGAACGUUUAAUAAACGUUCAUAAACAAAUUGGAAUGGAUGAUAUGAAAACAAUUGAGAAUUUUGGCUCUAAAAGAUGGAUUGAUGGAAAUUUGAAAACGUGUUUAAGUUUAAAACAAAAGAAAUUUUCUUGGAAAAUUUAAAACCAAACGAAACAUACAACAUACAUACAUUUAUAACUAUUUAGGUUUUUAAUUUGUGAUCUAAGUACGAAGAGGACAAUUUCGUCAAAAAAUAUACACACACACACACACAAUACACGAAAAUGAAACACAAAUACACUUUAUACGAAAAGCAAAAUUCAAUUCAGGGAUUUUUUUUGUCAAAAACAAAAGAAAAACUAUUUUAACGAAAGUAAAACCUAAAAUAUAUAUAUGAUUUAAGUUCAAGAUUAAAGCGUUCCAUUAUUACAUGUAACUGAAAGUAAAUUCAAAUACAAAAACAAAAGAACAACUUUGAAAAGUACAAAACAUAUUUACGAUAAAGAAAAACAUCAACUCCAUAUUUUAUAAGAACUAAACUUAAAAACAAGACAAAACGUAAUGAGAACCAUUAAAUCUGUUGAAUAUGAAACUGAACAAAGCAAACUCUACCCUUGACAAAUUGUAAGAGAAUAGAAUAGACAAACAUCUAAAAAGCAUUUGCCAUUUUAAAAUAGCCACUUCAAACCGAAAGUUACAAGUAAUAACAACAAAAAAUUCAAAAUAGAAAUUAUUAUGACACAUAAUUUUUUAAAUUAAGCAAAUAAAACGAAUCGAACGAUCGAAACCAUUGACUUAGGAAACAUUUUUUAAAUGGACUAAAUACAUUUCUCUUUGACUUUGAACUUAAGAAAAACACAAACAAAUUUUGCAUUCUUAAACCUUAAAAAAACUAAAAGACAAAACAAAAUGAAUUUUUCAUGGACACAUGUUGAUUUCUAAAUAACUUUCAUAGAAUGUUGUAAGUUGUAGUUCUUAAAGAUGAUAAUAAAGAAUUUUGAAAUAUUCCAAAACGAAAGAAAGGAAGAACAUACACAUAUAACAUCAAUGUUACAACCAUCAUUUCUUGCACUAGGCCUAUUGGGAAAAUUAUAACCAAAGAUACAACCAAUUUUUAUUAUUCAACCAAAUAUUAAAGAAGUCAAAAAUGAAAAUUUAAACUUAAAAUUUGCAAAUAUUAAACCGCACUCAAUUAACAACAAAAAAUUCUCUCCCAAAAAUUACUUCAAUAUGUAACAAAUGAAAUUGUAACAGCAUAAUACAAAACAUGUCACAUAAAACAUGUAAAAUUUUCCACUCAUUCGUUCAUAUUGUCUAAUUGUGUUUAUGAAUUAUGAAAAACUGUUAAAAAAAAGUAAAAUUUUAUUCCGCAAGAAAGAAAUACGAAUGAAAUGUUAUAGCAGUGAGGAAACCUUUAAGGUUACCCGAAAAGAGAAUGUACACGGAACAACAACUCAUUAAUGUUAAAGAACAAAUAAAUUUUGCUUUUAAUAAAGAAUUCUAUGUGGUAAAGAA